ACGUUGCUGAUGCCCCCAAUGUUGUCCAGCGGCCGGGGGCCGGGGGCGGGAGCGCGCAAACGCCGAACCCGCUGCCGGCGCUGCCGGGCCUGUCUUCGAACCGAGUGCGGACAAUGCCACUUCUGCCGGGACAUGAAGAAGUUCGGGGGUCCCGGGCGACUGAAGCAGUCCUGUCAGCUCCGCCAGUGUACUGCUCCCGUGCUGCCCCACACAGCUGUGUGUUUGCUGUGUGGAGGGGCUGGAAAGGAGAUCACGGUGGAGGGAGAAGAGGAGAAAUUUGCUCUGAGCCUCAUGGAGUGUACAGUCUGCAAUGAGAUCGUCCACCCAGGCUGUCUCAAGAUGGGAAGGGCCGAGAGUGUCAUCAACACUGAGAUACCAAACUGCUGGGAGUGUCCUCGGUGUACCCAGGAAGGCAGGACCCGCAAGGAUUCUGGGGAGGGGCCUGGACGCAGAAGAGCUGACCAUGGGGAGAAGGGGCCAGGGCUGGGAAGCGGCUGGAAGCUAACCGAGGAGCUCCCACCACCCCUCCGCCUACGAAAAGGCCCUCUGCCUCCAGGGGCUCCCUCAGAGGAUGGCCCUGGCCCUCAUAAGCAGAAGGAGAGAGAGGUGGGGAAUGAACCCGCCACACCUAGGAAGAAGAUAAAACGAGGAAGAGAAAAGCACCCUUCAGCAUCUCCCGAGGGUCCCGGAGCCCCAGCCCCUUCCCCACAGCGGGAAAAGCUGGAGCGUUUCAAGCGGAUGUGCCAGUUGCUCCAGCGGGUUCCAGACACCUCACCAUCUUCCUCAGACUCAGACUCAUCAGCUACGUCCCUCAGUAAGGAUGAGGCCCCUGAGGAGGCCCGAAAUGGGCAACGCCCCCUCCGGGGCAAAUCUGGGGAGAAGGAGAACAGGGGUGGCCCUCGGCCCUGGCAGCCUGGGAGUGGGGGCCCUCUGCUGACCUGGCCCUUGCGUCCUGCACCCCCACCCCGCACCCCACAGCUUGAGAGACAUGUGGUGAGGCCGCCACCACCAAGCCCAGAGCCUGAUACGUUGCCCUUGGUAGCGGGGCCUGACCACCCUCUACCACGGGCUGCCUGGCUUCGAGUCUUCCAGCACCUCGGGCCCAGAGAAUUGUGCAUCUGCAUGAGGGUCUGCCGGACCUGGAGCCGAUGGUGCUAUGACAAGCAUCUGUGGCCCCGGAUCGACCUGAGCCGAACGAAGUCACUAACUCCACCAAUGCUUUGUGGUGUGGUUAGGCGGCAACCCCGGGCCCUGGAUCUCAGCUGGACAGGAGUUUCUAAGAAGCAGCUCAUAUGGCUCCUGAACAGGCUACAAGGCUUGCAGGAGCUGGUGCUUUCAGGCUGCUCUUGGCUCUCAGUCUCAGCAUUGGGCUCAGCCUCAUUGCCUGCGCUGCGCCUUUUGGACCUCCGCUGGAUUGAGGAUGUUAAGGACUCCCAGCUCAGGGAGCUACUGUUGCCUCCACCCGACACCAAACCAGGACAAACAGAGAGCAGGGGACGGCUGCAUGGGGUGGCUGAGCUGCGCCUGGCUGGCCUGGAGCUGACAGAUGCCUCCCUCCGCCUUCUCCUACGCCAUGCUCCCCAGCUCAGUGCCCUUGACCUCAGCCACUGUGCCCAUGUUGGGGAUUCCAGUGUCCACCUCCUCACAGCCCCCACCUCCCCGCUCCGCGAGACCCUUGUUCACCUCAACCUAUCGGGUUGUCACCUCCUCACGGAUCACUGCCUACCGCUCUUCCGCCGAUGCCCGAGACUUCGACGCCUGGACCUUCGCUCCUGUCGCCAACUCUCACCUGAAGCCUGUGCCAGGCUGGCAGCUGCAGGUCCCCCUGGUCCCUUCCGAUGCCCUGAGGAGAAGCUGCUGCUCAAGGACAGCUAG